AUGGGAUACAGGGCAGGGGUUCUACAGGUUCCGUCGCCUUGCCGGAUCCCCCAAUUUUUCUCUCCUGGAUGCGGUCUAGAUCCUGAUCAGGAACAGGUGGACGGUCUGUUGGAGCCGGAAGGCCAAGGUGUGAGAAAGAAGCAGAACUGGACGGUGGAUUCAGGUGUUAUAUUUCGUGAGGAAGGUUGACAGGAUCUUACCGAUGCUAUGGCACCGCAGCUAGGAUUCUCUAGUUUUCUGCCAUGCCCUUGGCUAGGGUUUCCAGAUCCCAUUGGAAGAACCACAAGAGGCCGUGUAAAAAAUAAAAGGAUCCUCCACAGAUGGAGUUGUCUUCUCUUUGGAUCUUGGUCUACGUCUGUCCACGGUUUGGCCUUCUCUGUGAUCUGAUUUACUCACGAUCAAGGAAGUGAAGUCAUCUGCAUCCUGGAUUUUUGUUCACAAUUAACUUCCAGGGCUUGCAGUCCGUAUUCUUGGCUCGUACGUUUCUAUUCGAUGAGUGGAUCUGCAUCUGUCGAUUUUGGUGCUUAGUCAUGUUUAAGGCUCAUCUGCUCGUCUGAGAAGAGACGGUGCCCUCAUGGAUAUUACAUCUUGUCAUCAGUUUCGCGUGUGGUGAAGAAGUAGCCUGAAUCUAAUUUUCGUAGCAGGCGAUUCAAAUUUAUAGUUCAUGGCUUUCUUACUUGGAUGCCUAUAGGGAGCCUGAAUCUGCCCAUCGCCCUUCUUUAUUUUGGAUCCUAAAUACUCUGAAUCAGCUCUUCGUUAUGCUGCUGUGAAAGUGCUGCAGCUUCCUCUGAUAUAUCCUUGAGGAAGACGGUGACUUGGCUACCCAAAUGCUAGACUCAGGAAAAGCAGGUGAACUUCGGGUCCUAGUCCAGUCAUUCAGAAAACAGGUUAAUUUCUGGCCCUUGUUCGCCCAUCCAGAAAGCAGGUUGGCUUGUGGACCUAGUUCAGCCACGGAUAAAGCAGAUUGGCUUGUGGACCAGUUCAGCCAUCCAGAAAGCAUGUUUACCUGUAGACCUACGUCGGUCAUCCAAUUUUGCUUUUCUUUCUGAUUGCACUCUAUUGAACAUUAGCUUGCUGGUGCAUCCUUUCCAAAAGUUGUUACCGGGAAGAGCUGUGGAUAAGGAAAUUUUGAAUUACUGUGGCCAUGGUUUUAGACCUUGUGGUGGCCACUUUGAUUGUCAGAUGAUUUUCAAUUUUCGGAACUCUGUUUUCAAGUCUGUGAUGGCAUGCUGUUUGUAGUUUGUUGUGCAAGAUGCAAAGUCGAAGGGCACUUGGGCCAUGAGAUGGGGAGGCGUUGAACUGGAACCCUUGCCUUGUCUUCCCAUAUGGGCUGUCCCCCUCCCAAUAAAGGGGCUCGGUCCUGCUUUUUCACCACGCUUUUCGUUGAAGUUUUCUCCAAUGACUGCUCUCUUAUGGUUGGAGGAAUCUUCAUCCUAUUUGAGUAUUCAUUUUGUGGUUUCAAUUUGCAAUGUCAUCCAAGAAAGAAGAGCUGCUUGUUAGGCUCGUUAACAGAAUCUGCCCCAAGGUAAUAGCCAUUGGUGGCAAAUGCUGGCAGUUUGUUGCCAGCUUUUUCAGACUGACUUGAUUUCUUCCUUUAGGCUGCAAAGAUGUUGUGGGCUUUGAGCAGUGAUGAAGGAAUUGAUGUUGUACUUGUUGUUUUGCAGGUGAUAUUGGUUGGUGAUUUUUACUUCCGGAGGGUGAUUAGGAAAUAGCUGGUUUCUCUAUCCUAUGGACCAGUAGACAUGAAGGCUCCAUGCUAAUGGUUGGUCGAUUUUUUUUAAUUUUUUUUUCCUAUUUGAUUUGUCCUUGAGUUUUUGACGGCUCUCAUCAGAGUGUUGGAGGGUAUUAUCACACGUUGAUCGUUAUUGAUGAGCCUAUGUUAUAAUUUGUUAUAUCGUUUAAGAUGUUUCCCUCAAGGACAAAUAAUUUAAGUUGGUUAGGCCUGUGUAGUUUUUUAAUGGCGAUAGUUGCACAUCUAGAUGUUAGCUGACUUAUUCCAUUUUUCGUCUCACAGAAUCAUCUGUGUGGUUGCACUGGGGUUUCAGCCUCUAAACUGGACAUUCCAAAGCAUCAAGAAGUUUCAAGUUCAUGCAAGAUCUGUGGCGGCAAACCAGUGGUUAAUGGGAAUAUGCUUGGCAACUUAGAUUUAGAGGUCUCUAGAGUUAUUGAUCCUCAGUUGAACUGGAGGACAGCUUCGAAGGGUAAACCUAGGGCUGUAAGGCGAGCCAGAACUUCAUUUACUAGUAUCAUAGAAAGAAAACCCUUAGAAAAGGGUCGAGCAGAGAGGGAAGAUCUCAUCAAGGAGCCAAAGAGGUCAAGGGCGAUGCCAGUCUCUGAAUCUGAAAAGGUUUUUUUCUUACUUUAAUCUUGAGAGGAUCCUUAUUUUAUGCGGUUAUUAUUUUCAUAGAAAUAGCAUAUCUUAUGUGAUCUUAUAUUUGCAGGUUGGCGUAGCCAUCCUUGGACAGCGAUUUGGUGACGCCAUUGAAAGCGUUCCUAUCAAGAAAAGGAGAUUUCUUUUUCGGUCUCCAUCACCCCCACCUUCCACUCCACUUGUCAAAGAGGAGGCUGUUUCACGCCAAAGUGGAACUGGGCAGGAGCCAAAUACAAGACACGGCUCACUGAAGAACUACAAAUCAGGAAUAGCUGGGGACAUAAUUAUUGCUGAUAGAAAGGUUAAUUUAAAUGAUGUAGAAGAAGAGUCUGGCGAAAGUGUAGAUUUCUCUGGUAUUUCUAUCCUUGCUGCUGCUGCAUGCGACAGUAGUUCUGCUGAUGAUGGCCUGAGCACUGAAAGCCUAGAUUCCAAACAAUGUCAGCUCAAGAGAGACAGUUCUUCACUACAGAUUGGGUCUGAGAAUAAAUUAAUUGAAGGGAAAACGUUCAGUGUUUCAGACGUUUUGGAUGGUGAGAUGAACACACAUUUGGUUGAGGCUGGCAAGUUCAGCCCCCAGGGGUGUGAUGCAGCUAAUAACAAGAGCACUUCUCAUUUAAUGGAGGAUUCUUUGAGUUCUCCGUUUAUUGCACCUAGCCACAAUGUUAAUGGAAGUUCAGGUGGGACGGGAUCAUCACGGGAUGAGAGGCUACAUUGGGACCUCAAUACUGUAAUGGAAGCUUGGGAGAGCCCUUUCAGACCUGCCUUGACAGACUCUCAACCAGCUGCAUCUAAUGCUAGCAGUGAAGAAAAGGUACCAAAGCAGGAAUCUCGCGAGGAAAAGGCCAUGGAAAGUUGCUCCCAAACUUUAGAGAAAAACAUGGAUAAGGCAGAGGUAUGUAAAUAUGAAAGCGAUAAAGUAGAAAAAUCUGAUUCUCCGUGCAGUAUUUCAAAUAGCCACGAUGGUCUAGUGCUAGAACGUCCAAAGAGCUGUGCUACUGUUCCUUUGCCAGAAACUGCUGAAAAGGCAAAUAUCUCAAGUUAUAUUGGGCCUAGUGGUGAGUGUCCUCUACCUGAAUUUCCUCCCAAUCCUAUGAGGGAUUCUGUCUUGGCAGAUGUUUGUGCUUCCGAGGAAGAAAAGGCGGACCCAAACAACCUAGGUUUACAUUCUCUAACUGAAAGCCAGACAAAUUUGCAUGCCAAUGGAGGUACUGAUGGUGCGCAUCUCCCAUGCAUGACUGAACAACAGCCUACCUCAGUGGUCAUAUCUAUUGAAACGAUCUUUAAAGAGAAGGCAUCUACAGGAUCUGGUGUUGACUUUUGUGAGUCUUCAGAUGAAUGUGGUUCGGUUGAUGUGCGAACUUAUGAAACUAUGAAAGCUGAUGAGAUGGUAGGAGACCCCGGUCAAGAUGCUGGCAGAGCUGAUGGUGGUGAUGUUGUACCUUCUUUUCCAAAGGAUUCUGAUAUUAUGAACAAUUUAGACCAGAGUAAGAUGGCUACAGACGAAGAAAAGACACCCGGUGAUGCAGAACAAAUGGAAGCCCCAAGUGAGGUGAAAUCUGAGACUGUCGAUCAGCCCACAGAAUCUCGAAGUGAUGCUUGCAGAUCAGAAUCUUUUGUUCUUGCACCGUGUGGUUUUUCUAAUCGCGAAGAAACUUUGGGUGGAUGCAUAGCUGAGAAUGAACGGGCAAAUUUAGAACCCCGAUUGAAAGAUGCUAGUAUUAUUUUAACUUAUGAAGAUCAAGAUGCUGUGCAACCAGAUCAUCCCACCUAUGUUGACUCCAAGGAUUCCACAGCACCAAAUACUGUUAUCGGGCCUCCGCCAAUGGAUGCACCCGAUGACAUGGAUAAAGGAUCUGGGGGCAAUCUUGGAGACAAUCCUGGGGAAAUUGCUCGGGAUGGUCAUUCAGAUAGUGAAUCUUAUUCAGAUGUUUCCCAACAUGAACAGGUGGGUGAGAUUGAAAAGGUUGAGCAGGUGGCCGACGAUGAAUCUCAGUAUGAGGAUGGCGAAUUCAGAGAGUCAUCUGUGCAUGGCUGGGAAACAGAUGGGUGUGAUGACGGUGAAGCUGAGCAUGUGGACUAUGGGUCGGACAAUAGAGAAACCAACAAUUUUGAAUCUGUUCCUGACUAUCCUGCAUCAAACAUUCCUUCCCAGGUUGAUGAAAGCUUCGAUGGCGACAGUGGAGGGCGAGUGGAAGCCGCACAUCCCCCAGAAGAGCCCAAUCUGGGCGAGCAGAUGGCUGAACACAGAAACGUUUCAUCAUCAGCAUCGACUGAUUCCGACAUUGAAACGUCAUACAAGAGGAUGGCCAGUGUAGUGAAGAAGAGCCCGAGUGUAGGACACUCCACCAGGAGAUAUGUGAUCAAUAAAUGGGAAAAGAGUACGAGGGAUGCAUCGGAUGCCGCUGGUCUGCCCAACGAAAAGGUUAUGGAGAAGAAGGAAUUUGUGGUGGCAGGUGACGGUGCAAGAUGGAUUCGUUCUGCAAGUUUCAGGGUGAAAGCAUCCGGUUGGGACAGGCUGCCUGGAGGCCGCAGAAGCUCUGGAGAUGGGGCAGCAGUGGCUGAUUCGAGGGUCGAUGCCUCCGAGGGGAGUUUCAGUGAUAUUCCCUCGAGAGGGAUCAGCGCCGAGGAUUCUGCAAGGAUGGCUGGAUCUACAUUCAGAAGGGAGCUAGUGUCCCAGGUUGGAAGGCACAAGAUGCCUGAUAUGCCGCUGAGGAAAGAUAGAGCAUACUUCCAGGGAACCAGGUAACAUUCCAGCGUUCUUCUCGCUCCUGUGCGCUGACUGAUGUUCGUCGAUUCUCACUCCCUGCUAACUGUUGUUCCGUGAUGUUGAUUGGGAUCCAGGAAUCCAGACCAUUCUGAUAACAUGCGUCACGGCAUUGAGCAAGGUGCCGAGCUGGGCCGAUCGAUCAGAAGGGAUGGAUCAUCUGUGCGCAUGCGCUGCAGGGGGAAAGGAGACCGGUGGGUGGAGUCGUCCCGCCGCCAGGGUCCCGACCGCCAGGAUUCUUCCGGUUACUUCAACCAUUCGGGCUUCACGCUUCCUGGGUCAAAGGAUGCUGCGGCAGUGUCUAUCGCCAAGGUGGAGAGCAAUGGCUUUGUGGUUGCCCCUGAUGGGACGGUCUUGGAGGCCAGCAGUGCAGGGCCGUCGGUUCUUCCUCCUCAGCGAUCCGCAAAUUCUUCCUCUCCGAGUGGCUGCCAUGCGCUGAGGUGCAGGGGGUCACCGCUGGCUGAGAGAGAUGAAUUGGAUCUGGGACCUCCGAGAGAGAUGAGCAUCGGCCUCGGCCGGCCCAGCAAGUACCGACCGAAGAUUGUCGGCAAGGGGAACAGAGACAGAUAUGGUUUCAUCCCCGACGACGGAGUUGGGCCCUCCCUGGUGGCGCAGCACCCCCCCUUCUCCCGGAGGGACAGAAGCUUCUCGCCUCCGGCAAGGCCGCCACCGCCGGUACAGCUGUCAAGGUCCCAUACAAGAUCCCAGUCGCGCUCCAGGUCCCAUUCCCCGCAUGGCUGGGCUUCUCCUCGACGGCGGAGCGGUGCGAUCAGCAACGGUGUGCGGCAGCGGCGGUCGCGAUCCCCACCCGACUUCAGAGUCGGCAGGGCACGGUCUCCCCAUGGGGUCCGCCUCAGCUUUGGGGAGCGCACGGGCGGCUUUGCUCCAUCCCCGAGGGUUCGCGCCUCUCCUCCUUUGCGGGCGUCCCGGUGGGUGGACGAGAGGAAGGGCCCGGCGGAGCAGCGCUUCCCGGACGGGGACCACCGGAGGUACCCAGGGAGGAACCAGUCCCCGCCGAAGAAGCUGCUCUCUCGAAGACAUACCAGGUUCAACCUUGUGGACUCUCAGGACGGGUUGAAGCCUGAUGAAUUCUACCGGCCGAUCGAGCCCGACAGGUUCCCUGCCUUUGGCGGUGGAGGCGGCGGCGACCGGAGGCAGGCUGGCGACGGCAGGUACGAAAUCCACCCCUCGGCCAGACGUUACGACAUUGCCGGCGACGCGAAGCGUGCGCGGUAUGAGGCCGAGGAAGAUUUCCGGCGGCCCGGCAGCCAUGCCAAGGAUGGUGGCCCGAAUUUCCCCGAGAGGGAGGCACCCAGGGGCUUCGCCACCCGCGGCAGUACGGCAAAGGCGGAGAUGGCUCACUUCAGGUACAAUGGCCGGGACGACAAGGAUAAGAUGGGCUUCAAGUCCUACAGCCUCCGGGAAUGCGAUAGCGGCGGCGGCGGCGGAGAUAAGCCCCGGAGGAGAAGGCAUUCUUGA